AUGGCCAUCAUCACAGAGGAACCCGAAAUUACGCCCCAACCUCAAUCACCACUUCCCCACCUCAAAGGCCUCAUCCCCCACCUAUCUCUUCCUCCACAACAAGUCCAACCUCCCGCAUCUUUCGCAUCCCUUCCCAUCGAGCUCGUCGAGUAUAUCACCAAGGAGCUCGAUCGCAACUCGCUCAUCAGCCUUACCUGCGCCACGCAUCAUCCCAGCGUUGCAGCCGCCGCGGAACUUAUGAUCUGGAGCGAUCUAAAGAUCCUGCUGCCGCAGCACUACGGUGAUCAGCCAUGUAUCGAGACUACCCCGAGAUGGACGGACCCGUGGUCAGACACGAGGGUUUUCAAGGAUAUGGAAAUCCAGGAACGGUGGGGUCCAGGUCUGCUGGGGCUCCUAGAGCUUGUCAUCAGCCUGGGCCACGGCGGAGAGGAGGGAAAAGAGAAGUGGAGCAAGGUCACUUCUUUGACGUUGAUACCGCAUCCGGGCGUAUCGAUCAAAAUUCUACGGCUGCUCGAUUCAGUAUCCCCGUAUCUGCGCCACCUCACGGUCGGCGGUAAGACCCCACAGCACAUCUGGGGAGGAGGACGUUGCCUACCCUCCCUGGACAGCAGGAUGGCUCGAUGUCUACCCGCCUUCCCCUUGCUCACAUCGGUGCGGCUAAACAUCAACUCAAGACCGGAUGUCGAUGUCUACCUGAGCCUCUGCUCUUUGGCGCCAACUCUGGAGUCACUCGAGAUUGACUGGCGGUGCGACGGCGACUCGUGCGGGCAGAUGCCCCGCUUCCAAACCUGGAACAUAAUACCCCAGGAGGUGACCAAAUUGCGAUACCUUCGCGUCACCUGGGGCGACGAACCGGAAGACGACGGGAGAGAGACGGAUCGCGACGCUCUUUGCUCCCUCGGUAUCAUCCAACAAUCUCCCCUGCUCGAGCAUCUUGCUCUUGAGCCCCACCACAAGGUCGCCAACUCGAUGAGUGCCCAGUUCCUCCGCGCAAUCGCAGGGCUGCAUAAGCUGCACACGCUCGACCUCGACUGCGAUAUCUAUGACCUGAACUUGGCGCAAGAUGGUCUGAGGUCCAACAUCAGCCGCUUCAUCCUUCAAGCUGGCCACUGGCACACCUCGUACUGCUUCGAGCUAAAUCCGCUACCCCAGCUCACCGAUCUGUACUUCGUCGACGCCAUCGACGCCGGAGGAGCCGGCUGUCCUCCUCAUGACGCCGCCGCUCCUACUGCACCCGGUGUACACAGGCUACUCCCAGCUGUCUCUACGACUCUGCGCAACUGUCCCCUACUUCGUCACCUGCACGUCCUGCGAAGGCCUGUCCGGAAAUACGACAUGUCGCUCGAGCUCGGGUCCGUCGUCGAUCAGUUCCGCUCUGCCGAGCCCUUCGGUUUAGUCAAUUCUAUGACUCACGGCGACGAGCAAGUCUUGAUCGCUUGGCUCUAUCAAGACUACGUCGAGACCGGCGAGUGUUAUAUGCUAGACGGUGUGAAGUAUCAGGUCAGCUCAACACCUGUAUCUCAGACCCUCACCCCUGUCGCCCAUAUCGACGACGAUUCGUCGGACCCUCCCUCGAGCUCCUCGCGGCGCCCUGUACAAAACCUAGAUCUCGAAGAUCAACACGCUUCCUUCACAACUCCAGAUAGGCGCUGGUGGUGCCGGGAAUUCAAAGCGCAAAGUCCGACAAUGUGGCGGGUCUACACGGACUACAAGGGCCUUGCAGUCCCGAUGGAGGUCAUCAAGGCGAUGCGGGCGGAGGAGUGGAAAGGGAUAGAUUGGGAUAGGCGCGGGGUUGAAGUGGGGGAGGCGGCGUGGGAAAUCUUGCUGGACUGGCAUCGGAGUGUUCUUGAGGCGGGCGACCUCUUUGCAACGAUUCACGACAAUUUACGACAAGACGAGCUUUACGAUCAGACGGGAUGGCGAGGGCGGACGGGAUCCCGGUCGGGGUAUAAGGGAUAG